UGAUAUUUUAGUAACACUUAUGUAACUUUGAGGUAACAUUCAUUUAACAUGUAUGUAACAUUGAUGUCAUAUUUAUGCAACACUUAUGUAACAUUUAUGUAACAUUCCAGUGAAAUGUUCCUAAGCCCAAAUUUUUUAUUUACGAGUCAAAUUUCCAUACUUUUAAUUCAAUGAAAUUAAAAUUGGAAAUAAUUUUAACAGUUGCUGCAGGAUUUCCAACAGGGCAAUACCCAUUGGAAACUCGCCUUCGGGAAAUUGAGAUUGCCGUCAAAUCCGGAGCAACAGAAAUCGACGUGGUGAUAAAUAGGUCAUUAGCUCUGGCCCACAGAUGGCAGGAACUUCUUUUCGAGUUAAAAUCAAUGAAAAAAUCUUGCGGCCCAGCUCACAUGAAAACCAUCCUCGCAGUCGGAGAAUUACCCUCCCUUCAAGAUGUUUAUAAAGCUUCCAUUAUUGCCAUGCAAGCUGGGUCUGAUUUUAUUAAAACCUCGACCGGAAAGGAGACCAUUAAUGCCACACUUCCGGUUGGAAUUGUAAUGUGCAGGGCGAUUCGAGAUUAUUAUCGAGAAACCGGUCGUAAGGUGGGAUUCAAACCAGCAGGUGGAAUUAAAACUGCAUCUCAAGCCCUUCAGUGGAUGGUUUUGAUUAAAGAAGAAUUGGGAAAUGAAUGGUUGGACAAAUCAUUAUUCCGAUUUGGAGCCUCGAGUUUAUUAGACGAAAUUUUGAAAGCACUGGGCGAUGUGAUUUUGAAGUAAUGUCAACAAGUUUUCACAAAAAUCUUACGAUGCAUAAAAUCAGAAAAUAUUUUUGUAAUUUAGGUGUACUUUAAUAAAUUUUAAA